AAAAUCAGAAGGAAACUGGUAUUAAUAAUUUAGCAUCAUCUUCAGUGAGUCGUUGAGACAAACGGAACAGCACAGCUGAACAACUAACUAACAAGAAAAUGUAAGUAAAAAGAAUGACAAACUGUUUUAUUCUUUCAAUUAUUAGAUGUACAAUGAAAUGAUCAAGGUAAUCUACAUACACGUGUGAACACCAAAACAAAUGAAUCACCAAAUAAUCAUCAUCAACGGCCACCACCCCUCCCAAAUCUCGAAUGGACAAACACAUCAACAAAGUACAAAACUAGAACAAAAUAAGUAAACACAAAACCCGAAGAAAAUAAAACCGCUAACUCAACAUAUGACCAGAGGAUGAAACAAAUCAAAUGGAUCUCGUCCGUCCGUGUGCGGGAAAGAAGGAUCAAGGGCGGAAAAGCCUCCACGUGGACGAAUCAUCAAAGACAAUGCUUCUCUCGAAAGUUUUUAAGCCAAGACCAUGGCUACGAAGAUUCCAGAGAGUGCGGAGCCAGCAAUGAAGGCCUUGCUGGCGGAGAAUGCGGCGGAGGGUGGCGGUGGUGGCUCGGCGCCACCUGCGGGUCCGGGAGCGGGUCCGGGUGUGCCUGGUGCUGGUGGAGAACUAGCGGAAGGGACUGGUGAGGUUGCAGGAGAAGAAGCAGGUGUAGGUGCAGCUGUUGGUGUUGGCGUUGGUGUUGUUGCUGGUGGUGAUGUUGCUGGUGGAGGAGUUGCUGCUGCUGGUGGUGGUGUUGCUGGCGGGGUGGGUGCUGGUGCAGGUGCUGAUCUUGGUGGUGGUGGUGAUGGGGUUGUAGUGGGUGGUUGUGUGGGUGCAGCACCUGGGGCUUGUGCUAAGCAUGAGCUAGCCAGAAGACCCAAGAUCAGAAGAAGUUGUAAAGCACCAGAACCCAUCUAGCUAUAGAGAAAAUGAGAGACCAAAGAAAAUGUUGUAGUGCUUGUGUGUGUAAGAGAAGAGAGAGAGAGAGAGUUUGAGCA